UGCGAUGAUUAGGACAAGCAUCCUCUCAUCUAGCAACAGUAUAUUUCCGAGACAACCAGGGAGAAGUGGAGCACCAAGGAGCAGUAGGGGUAGGACCUUUUCUUCUUUUAAGACAUCCCAUUUGAACUGUUUAGCAUAGGCAUACCAUGUGCCCCUUGCACCCCUGGCAAGGUGCCCCCUGCACAUGUGUGUUGCCACCUUACCACCACCUUCAAAUACAGUUAAAUGUAAUGACUCACAAUUGAUGUAUUUUCUGAUCUGUGACAUCCUUUUUUCUUUUCUUCUCCAUCUAGCUCAGACCACCAUUACAACUUCUUCCUGCAAAAACUUGAUGUCUUCAGUAUCUGAAGGAAAACAUAACUUAUAUUUUCAGCAUUUGCUGAGUUAUGAGAUGACAAGCUGUUCCAGGGAUGGAUGAAUUUUUUACUUCUCCUUCUUCUGCAGCACAUAUGACUUUGCUUUUCCCUUCCUCAUCUGCUCCCUGGUAAACAGAGAGCUGGGUGAAUGUGCCUGCCCGUCUGAAUGCUACAUUGUCAGCCCACCUACUACAGGAGAACUCUCCUCCCACCUGCAGAUAAAAGCCAAGGGGAUGUUAACGGCAGCUGAUCGGAGCACUUUCUCAGUCCCUCACUGUCACAUGUCUGCAUCAUACCUUUCUCUUGGAUCUUGCAUAACCAAGACCUCAGACGUCUCCCAUCUACAGCGCAGGAUUGCAUCAUACGCACAUCAAGAUAUAUGAGCUUUAAGCCAAGAAAACUCUAAAUCUCACCACAGUCUGUGGAUAAUGAUACAUUCCCAGUUGAUUCUAGUUAUCAGUUGAAAAGGUGCUUAGUGCCGACAGAGAUUUCUACCAACAGAUAUAUGAAUAAGAGGAUUUUCUCCGGCACCUCAAAGUUUAAAUGUCAUGGCGCUUCCACACAGUUUCGUACAAAGACUCCCACUGUUAGCGGUCACACUUCUUAGUCUGCUGAGUUAUUGCAAUGGAGGUGCCUAUUAUGGAAUGAAACAAUUACCUCCACAGAUUCCACAAUACCAGCCUAUGGGACAUAUGGGAAAGGAGAAGGCACACAUGCCACACUAUGGGAAGGACAUACCACAGAUGCCAAUGUUUGGCAAAGACAUGAUGCAAAGAAAAGAUGGAAAAGAACUUCCAUUAUCUGGGAGAAGAGGUGAUCAAGGCCCCACCGGUGAACCAGGACCAAGAGGACCACCAGGGCCUCCUGGACCACCAGGGCAAGGACUGCAAGGACCUAAAGGAAACCCUGGCCCAGCUGGUCCACCAGGAUAUCCCGGAAUUGGCAAGCCAGGAAUGCCAGGCAUGCCAGGAAAACCAGGAGGUAUUGGCAUACCAGGCCCCAAAGGAGAUCAGGGUCAUAAAGGAGAAGCUGGACAAACUGGACAGCCAGGGCCCCAAGGGGCACCUGGACCCGCUGGACUAUCUGGUUUUGGAAAACCAGGUGAACCAGGUUUACCAGGACUUCCAGGACCUAAAGGUGAACCAGGAUUUAAAGGACCCCCAGGAUAUCCUGGCAUUGCAGGCCCAAAAGGAGAUAAGGGAAUUGGUGUACCAGGAUUACCCGGGCUUAAAGGUCCUCCAGGAUUACAAGGGCCACCAGGCCAACCUGGAUUGCCUGGUAUUGGUAAACCUGGUAUAAAUGGCUUCCCAGGACCAAAAGGGCAUCCUGGUAAUCCUGGAUUACAAGGACUACCAGGACCAGAAGGACAUGCUGGACCACCUGGACUUCAGGGUCCACCAGGACUUCCAGGCAUUGGUAAACCAGGCCAAGAUGGCCUUCCUGGUGGAAUUGGACUACCUGGUGGCAAAGGUGAUCAAGGACUUCCUGGUUUACCAGGAGCUCCAGGCCUUCCAGGAAUAGGUAAACCAGGUUUUCCGGGACUUAAAGGUGAUCGUGGUUACAGUGGUCCACCAGGACCCAUUGGACCAAAAGGUGAUAAAGGCCAUAUAGGUGAACCGGGCAUAGGAGGCCAACCAGGUGAACCAGGUCCAGUAGGCUUGCCAGGACCUAUGGGACCUCCAGGUGUUGCUGGAUUUCCUGGUCCCAAGGGAGAUCGUGGUAUUGGAGGCCCUGAUGGACAAACAGGGCCAAAAGGUGAACCAGGACUUCAAGGUCUUCCAGGUAAACAAGGAUUUCCAGGUGAAGUAGGGCCUCAGGGUUUGAGAGGUUUGCCAGGACCAAUUGGCCCAAAAGGAGAACCUGGACACAAAGGUUUAACUGGGCCACCUGGAGUACCUGGAUUGCUUGGACCUAAAGGAGAAGCUGGAAUACCUGGUGAACAAGGCUUACAAGGACCAUCUGGAAUACCUGGUCUUGCAGGGCCAAGUGGCCCUAUUGGUCCUCCUGGACUUCCAGGGCCAAAGGGUGACCAGGGAUUACCAGGAGCCCCUGGUCUACCUGGUGUUGGAAAAGCUGGCUUGCCAGGGCCACAAGGUCCAAUAGGGCCACCUGGAGCAAUAGGACCCACUGGACAGAGAGGCUUACCUGGCCCUCCUGGCCCACCAGGUGAACCAGGACUUCCAGCAGAAAUUCCACCUACACCACCAGGAAUGGGACAGUAUCUACCAAAUGUGGGACCUGCAAUUGAUGGAGUAAAAACCCCAUAUGGUUAUGCGGGAAAGAAAGGAGGCACAGUUCCAGUUCAUGAGAUGCCAGCUUUUACAGCUGAACUAACCACUGCCUUUCCACCAGUUGGAGAACCCAUAAAGUUUGAAAGAUUACUGUAUAAUGGCAGACAAGGCUACAAUCCACUAUCAGGCAUAUUCACUUGUGAAAUACCUGGAAUUUACUACUUUUCCUACCAUGUCCAUUGCAAAGGUGCAAAUGUUUGGGUGGCAUUGUACAAGAAUACCGAACCAUUGAUGUACACGUAUGAUGAGUAUAAAAAGGGCUACCUUGACCAAGCUUCAGGUAGUGCAGUGGUCCCUCUUAUGCACGGAGACAAAGUAUAUAUUCAAAUGCCCUCAGAUCAAGCAUCUGGACUCUACGCUGGACAGUAUGUCCAUUCAUCAUUCUCUGGAUAUUUAUUGUAUCCAAUGUGAACAAAAAUUAGUAGAAACUCUUAAUUUAAAUUUGCUUUUUCUUUUUUUUUAUAUUGGUAAUAACUGCCUAAAAAAACACUGCUUCCAGUGUCGAAAUGUUGCUAAACGGUAUGUUUUUGGCCUGAAGGCAUAAACUAAUGUUGACUGGUUGGACCAUGCCUUACCACAGCUAAAUCUUCUAUUGUACUAUGCACAUUAUAUAAAGAACAGAGAGAAAACUUUAUGUACAUCGAAUUAAAAGGGUAUUGCAGCUUUAUACAUCUUAUCCCCCAUCCAAAGGAGGACAUGAAUGGAGGGGCAUGGCCACGACGUCACAUCCCCGUCUCGGAGGCACCGCCCGACACAGAAUGCCGGGGGCUGUACAGAGAUCGCGGGGGUCCCCAGCAGCGGAACCCCUGCGAUCAUACAUCUUAUACCCUAUCCUUUGGAUAGGGGAUAAGAUGUAUAAAGCCGGAAUACCCCUUUAAGGUCUGGUGCUACCCUUUUUUUUUUAUAGAAAAAGUGUCCUGGCACAUAUUGCACAUACAGAUGAAAAAGUUAUAUCUUGACUCUUGACAUUAUUUCAGCUACAUAUUAUUUAAAAUUAAUAUAUUGUAUUGCAUAGUUUGCAGGUACAUUAAUGAGGAGAAGAAAAAAUAAAUAAAUAAAAAAAAAACAAGGUUAAUGUGGGUCCAAAAAUAAGAGAUUUGUGCUCAAACUAAUGCCCAGACUAAUGACCACCUUGAAAGCAAACCCUGGUUAAUAAUAUGUUUAAGGACCGGGUAGAGAAUGCACUGAUAUUCUUUUAGAACUCAAGCAAUAACCUGAAAGGGCUUCUUCCCAGAACAUGAGCCACUCUCAUUAAUGGGUUUUGACUGGUUUUGCCGCUCUUCAUUCAAGGGAAUAGGGCUGAGCUGCAAUACCAUAAACAACCUGUGGAUAGGACUGGCACUGUUUCCGAAGAAAAACAUAUAUUUUUUUCUAUAAAUGCCUUUAAUUUCCUUUAUUUCACUGAUAUACACAUAGAUUUUAUAGUGAAUACAAAGCUCUAGAAUAUACACUUCCCUUUUCUUUUUUUUACAAUUUUUUUUAAUGCCAAUCAAAGCACAAAGUAAAUUUAAAGACACCAAUAUACUCACAAAAUAGACUUCUUGUAUCCUUAGUAAGACUAACUAUUCUGAAUUCUAUAAACUUGCCUUAAUUCGACUGUGAGAGUCCUGAAUUGUAUCUUUGCACAGCAUUAACAUAUGUGCAGACUCAAUUUAGUUUGGAUGUAUUUAAAUGUGUUUUUUUUUUAUUAUUAUUUCACCCACGCUAUGUCUACCAUUGCCAAAAAAAAAAUUUUUGUUCCAAUAUAUCUAAAAAAAAAAAGACAAAAAUGAAGAAACUUUGCAAAUAGUGUGACAUUUUGUGUUUACAGCUCCCAUGCAGACCUAUGCAUCCAUAUGGUAACAUUGUACAGUUGGGGUGUCUGAUCAAUGAAGUCCACCCAGCACCCGGGGUUCUGAACGAACACUGAGUCCCGGCGGCAGUGGUGGUGACAUCGUGCCACGCCCCUCUCGUGACGUCAAGCCAUACCCCCUUCAUGCAAGUCUAUGAAACCCCUGCGGUCAGACUUCUUAUCCCCCAUCCUUUGGAUAGGGGAUAAGAUGCCUAGCAGUGGAGUAUCCCUUUAAGGGAGAAGUAGACAACAGAUGCCUUCAUUGAAAUCAUGUGGACACAUAGGUUUGUAUUGGAGCUGUAUACAUAAAACAGUAGGGUGUUUUUAAGCAAAGGCAUUUGCAAAAUUUCUUCAUUUUCCAUUUCAGAUGGGUUGAAGCGAUGCUUAAAAACGGUGGUGAAAAUGGUGUGGCAUGUCCAGUUAGAUGUAAUGUGCACUGCUCAGGAGCUUAGUAAAUAAGGAGUGUUCUUUUUAAAUGUACUACUUUGUAUUUACUGUGUAUGCUGCAGAUAUAUUUCCUAAAUUUGAUAUAAUAGAAAAUAGAUAUUUGCUAUAGAAAUGCUGCUAGCAAAUGAUCACUAACCUCAAGUAGACAAUGAGCAUUCUCCUAGGUUAUUAUACUACACACACAUCAUAUGCAAUAAACAUAGAUAACAGAGAUACUAUAUCACUAUAUCAAUAGCUUAAAUAAACAGUUCUAUAUUUGGGCAAUACUAUUUUAAAGUAAAAAUUAUUUUUAAAAAAACGAAAAGAAAAAAAAAAAUUAAAAACUUUUUACCAUGCUUUAAUAUAUAAAAUGUUAACAGAUUUUCCAAGUACUGAUUGGACUUCCUACUUUUACAACAAAUAGAACCUAAAACCUAAACACAUACGCUGGUUACUACUAUACUAUGACUAUAUCUAUGCAAUGACAUAAGUAAAUUAUUUUUGUUUUAAAAAAAAAAUUGCAUUUCACACACACACACGUCUCAGAUGUCAAUGUGCAGCAUAAAUAUGACAUACUGUAUGUUUCAAUGGUGCUAAACAUAGAAAAGUGAAUUUUGUUUUAUUUAAAUGUAAAAAGAAAAAAAAGAAAAAAAAAAGAAAACUGAAGAUUUUUUUCCUUGGAAUGUUUUGUCCUUGUGAAUCAUCUGAGGCAAUAAAGUCAACCUUGUGGUUCUAUUGUUAAUACUAUUAAUGCACAGGUGGAUACUGCUGUUCUUGAAAUUUGGAGUUGGAAAAACAGAGAAAAAAAGAUGCUGAUUGGAAAUGUGAAAUGCAAAAAUCUUUAAAGGUUUUACAAAAUGUUUUUGAACAAUAAAGUUAU